AUGUUUAGCACCCCAGGCGCCUUAAAGUCGGCUGUAAGUCGGCCACUUCCUCUUCCCCCACUGUCCACUUCCGACCUCUACCACUCGACCCUCCUCCUCUGCUGUCCCUCCCUCCCCCUUUCACCCCCCACCCCCCCCCCCCCCCCCCCCCCCCCCUCCCCCCCUCCCUCCCCUUCCCUUCCCCUCCCGCCCCUCUGUUCCCCGUACCAGCGCAGUAUUCGCGAGCUGGCUUCUGCCCUAUCAGCGGACGCCACGUCACUGGAGGGAGUUGCCGCUGCUCGGCUGCAAUUGGGCGAGGAAGCCACCAAUCAGAAGCUGUUUGGUGCUGCGAGGAUGUCUGCAAUGCUUAUAGACGAUGGGCUCAAAGGCGGGGUGGCUCAUAACGGGGAUGUGAACUGGGGGACGGGAGGAGGAGAAAGCGGAGCGUAUGAACCAGUGGUGGCGUUUAAGAGCAUUGCAGCCUACCGCUGUGGUCUCUCCAUCGACCCUAUUGUGACGCCAUCUGAAGUGGAUCUGGGCCUUCAAGCCACUCUGGCUUCGGUAGUCCAAACCUGUCCGCCAAGCCUGCGUCUGUGUGACCCUCGAGUGAUCAGUUUCUGCAUCGCUACAGCCCGUGCUGUGGCAGCUAAGCAUCAGUUGCCGCUGCAGAUACACUGUGGUUUUGGCGACAGGGAUUUGGAUCUAGCAGCAGCCAACCCCCUGUGCCUGCGCGCCCUCCUGGAAUUCAAUGAGGGGCUUGUGGAGGUGCCAGUGGGGGAGGUGCCAGUGGGGGACGCAACAGUGGGGGAGGCGCAUGGGGAGGCACGUGGGGUGGGUCGCAGCUAUGCAAGCUAUGCGGCACCGAUCGUUCUCCUGCACUCGUGCUACCCGUUCAUGAGGGAAACUUCCUACCUUGCUUCUGUGUACUCCACGGUGUAUGUGGACUGUGGGCUGGUCUUCAGCAAGCUCUCCCUCUCGGGCAUGAAGGCUGCCCUCCUUGACUUGCUUGACCUCGCCCCUCUCAACAAGGUCAUUAUGAGCACAGAUGCUGUGGGAUUCGCCGAGCCUUAUUAUUUGA